GUUUCCUCUCCCACCUCGCUGGUUUCACCGAGCAGCCUGCUGAACCAUGCCGUCUCCUCAUUGAUGGUCAGCGCUGAUUCACCCUAUGUCCCGCAAGUUUGUCUCCCAGACGGUACCAACGGUGUUUCCGUUGGCCAGAACGCAAUAAAUGCAGUCAACAGCGAGUCAGCCACCUCAUCCACCGGGGUUUCCGCUACCCUCACAUCUAGUCUGAUUAAUGUUGGACCUAAACGGUUACACGUUUCCAACAUUCCAUUCCGCUUUCGAGAAGCAGAUUUACGACAGUUACUCGGAUCAUUUGGUACUAUACUGGACGUGGAGAUCAUAUUUAAUGAACGCGGAUCCAAGAUUAACAAUGCAACUGCGCGUGUAAUGACAAAAAAGAAGUCUGAAACGCCCACCUCAUUACGAACCUCCACUACCGUUCGGGGAGUUCGGACACUGGUUCCAAGUACAACUGCAGCGUUGGCCGCUGUGAUUCGAAACGCUGCUGGCUUGAACGCUGGCCUGCCAAUUGCACCCAUACCUGCCACUGGUGGCUUAUCUCUUGGUGUGCAAGGACUGGGAAACCUACUUCAAGGUCACACUCAAGCUUCUCUCGCAGCAGCGGCCGCGGCCAAUCCGGUAUUGGCUAGUUUUGGUGCACUUCCUGGCGGUUCGUCGGUUACCCCAAAUCACGCGUUGUUGGCCGCUGCCUUGGCUUCUGCUGCGCCUCAAACUGCGCAUUAUAAUCCUGCAGCCACCGCUGCACUCUAUUUGGCCGGUUCCGAUCCAAAUAUGGCGGCCUGGUUGGCUGCUGCGAUAAAUGGCGGCUGUUUGAACAGUGCAGCUGGAUGUGCUACUGCCAACCCACCCACAGCUACAAUUCCCGGAUUUGGCACGCAGUCGCAAUCCAUGGGUUUGAUGAACUCUCUCGCCGCAAUGGGGGUUAUUCCGCAUACAUCACACGUUUUGGCUCCUACAGCGAACACGCCGCUUGUUGCCAAUCCACUGUGGUUUGACGCCAAUGCAGCCGGUCUCGGUGUUGGUGCUGAACUGGAGCUACAACAGAGAUUACAACAACAGCAGCAGCAUCAACAGCAACAACAUCAACAGCAACAAUUGCAGGCCAGCCAACAAGCUCUAGCAGCCAUGGCCUACACGCCAGUAAGUCUGGCAGGGGUCGGCCAGGUGGCCGGUUCCAAUGCUGCAAUCAAUGCGGCCGGACUUGGUAAUGCACUCCCGCCAUCCUACGCAGCAGCUGCUAUGGCAGCCAAUGUGUUGCGUGCGUUUUCCGGAACAACGACCCCGCUGAUGAAUGCCACAUCAGCCACUUCACGCAGUGCAGCGGGUGCCACCAAUCUUCAAAGUUUCACCUCAUCCGUUGCUUGCCCGGCACCCCAAGGGACUCAGGCAUCGCUAACACCAACGUCGGUUGUCUCGAGUCACACGUCGGUCCCAACUCCAGUUCUCUCGCCCGUUGUGGCACAAGUUGGAUCUCCAGCUGCGGCCGCAGCUUCCUGUUCGAGCCAGCAACCGAUAGCCGCUGCGGUUGCUGCCGCAGCUGCAGCGGCGUCACAAAAUCUUCAAGCACAAUCAGCAAUCGGGGCCCAGAACAACCCAUUAUUAUUAGAUGCACUUGACAAACCUCUUUUCGGCUUCCUGGAAGAUGGGGGACAACUGAAAAGCCUUGGAGCAGAUGUGAAGUGA